AUGUCUUCGAUACCAUGGAUCAUAGUCGUUGGAGCAGGACCUGCUGGAUUGUUGUUGUCUUUGUUGCUUUCGCAAGCCGGGAUACCAGUCCAAGUUCUGGAGAAGUCAACCAGCUUAGAUGAGCAACCACGAGCCACUCACUAUGGCCCACCAGCAGUCUAUGAGCUACGACGAUCGGGCGUGCUGGACGCGAUCCGCGAACGAGGAUUCCACCCAAACGUUGUCUGCUGGCGCAAACUUGAUGGCACGUUCCUAGCUGGACUCGAUCAUCGCGUCCAGGAAGACGAUCCGGACCGUAUGAUCUGCCUUCCACUCAACCAACUGGGCCAGAUACUCUACGAACGCCUAGUCCAGCAGCCGAACGUGACUAUCUGCUGGGAUCACAGGGUCAUUGCCAUAGGGCAAGAUGAAAACAAUGCGUGGGUGGAUGUUGAUACACCGUCGGGCACGAAGAGGUUCUCGGCGCCAUAUAUCGUGGGAUGUGACGGCGCAAAUAGCCAAAUCCGACGUUCGCUAUUUGGGGAUUCGGAGUUUCCGGGUAAGACUUGGGACCAGCAAAUUGUUGCUACAAACGUAUACUAUGAUUUCCACAAAUUCGGCUACGAUGAUGCCAAUUUCAUCAUUGACCCGACUCAUUGGUACAUGGCCUCGCGCAUAUCAACGGAUGGGUUGUGGCGCGUUACUUAUGGCGAGAAGGUGGCUACUCGAGAGGAGCUGCUAGCGAGACAGCCAGCAAAAUGGCAAGAAAUGAUUCCAGGACACCCGACUCCAGAACAGUACAAAAUUGUCAACUUCAGCCCCUAUCGGGUGCACCAGCGGCUAGCACAUGCCAUGAGGGUUGGGCGUUUUCUUCUAUCUGCCGAUGCGGCUCAUCUAUGCAACCCAUUUGGAGGUCUCGGUUUGACUGGUGGCAUUGUCGACGUUGGAGGGCUAUCUGACUGCCUUGUUGGCAUCUACCAUGGAAAAGCAGACGACAGCAUCCUCGAUAUAUAUUCGCAGGUUCGACGACAGAAGUAUUCUGAGGUUAUAGAUCCGAUCUCGAGCAGCAAUAUCAGACUAAUGUUCGACUCGGAUCCGGGCACAGUGAUGGAGACGAACGAAUUCCUAAAGCUCGCAAAGCGAUCAGAGACAGACAAGGUAUUUGCGAAGGAAAUGAUGUCUGCGAUCAAUGUCAUCAAAUACGACUUUACCCAGCACUAUCAGAAUGCCUCUGCCGAUGGCACAAAUGGACAGGUCACACCAAUUGCGGUUGCAGGCGUUACCGACUGA